GAGAAAGAGAAAGAGCAUAAGUGAAAGACAAGAACAACGACAGAACAAGAACAACAGCCCUGGUCAGGGCAACAAGAGCAACGAAUGUGGGGACAGUAGUUGUGAGGCCAUGAGCAGGCCCACAUAUUUCAUGUUGUGUGGUGGUUGUGGGGGGAAGGGGGUAUUUAGCAGAGUCAAUGUGGGGGGACAGCGGGGUUACAGGGGUCCACCGGAGUUCAGCAGUCUCACAACUUCAAGGAAGAAGCUGUUCCUCAGUCUGGUGGUCCUGCUUUUGAUGCUCCAUAGCCGUCUUCCUGAUGGGAGGCGGGCAAACAGAGCAUUUGCGGGGUGGAUGGGGUCCUUCAUGAUGCAGGAGGCCCGUUUCCUGCAUCUGGUUGUGUAGAUAUCGUGCAUCUGAUGGUGUAGAUAUCAGUUGGAUACUGGAUAAUUGGAAGCAAGUAUCUGGUGUCUUCUGUCAUUCACAAGUGUGUUACUUGCUGCAGACUGCGAGGGAGGUUGGAGGACCAGAAGAUGGCUGAUCUACCUGCUGACCGACUUACACCUGAGCCUCCAUUCACUACUGUCGGCCUUGAUGUCUUUGGGCCGUGGUAUCAUGACACAUCGGGAGGAUGUGUAGACAGCAAACGCUGGGCUGUGUUGUUUACGUGCAUGUCAACCAGAUCAGUGCAUAUUGAGCUGUCAACAGACAGCUUUAUCAACGCUCUCCGUGGUCCAGCCAAACUUCUGCGGUUUGACAGAGGGAUCAAUUUUGUGGGAGCUUGUAAGGAGUUGAAUAUAAACACAGUUAAGAAUUACCUCCAGGAGAAAGGCUGCUCCUGGAUGUUUAAUCCCCCUCAUGCUUCCCACAUGGGUGGCUCCUGGGAAAGGCUCAUCGGAGUUGCCAGGCACAUCCUGGAUGCAAUGUUUCUUCAGGCAGGACCAACACGUUUCACACAUGAAGUCCUAAGCACUUUCAUGGCAAAAGUCAUCGCAAUCAUGAAUGCAAGACCUCUUGUAAACAUAUCCACUGACCCAGAUAUGCCUAUGGUGCUCACUCCAGCGAUGCUCCUUACUCAAAAGAUGAGUGCAGUUUCAUCCCCAUGUGGAAACUUUGGCAAGGCACAGUUGUAUGGGAAGCAGUGGAAACAAACAAAAGUGCAGUGCUACAAAGCCGCAGGAAGUGGACAAAAGACAAGCCAAAUGUCAACGAAGGAGAUGUUGUCUUACUGAAAGACAGCCAAGCCCACAG